AUGUCUCCGAUGAACGUUUACUUCCACACUCCUGAGGAUUUCCUCACCCACUGUCUCAAGGCCUUCACGCCGCGUAACAAGUCCGAGGAAUGCACCAUUUGCAUGGAGACGUGGAGCGAUGACUCCUCAGAAGCCGUCGCCGUCCCUUGCCACCACCAUUUUCACAGGACGUGUAUUCAGGAAUGGAUAGCCAGGGGCCGCGGCAAUUACAACUCGUGCCCAUACUGCCGCGAGACAUUCUUCGAACCGCCAGCCGACGAGAAGGAAGAGGGUAGCGACGACGAGGGACCGACGCUAUCGCAUAGCCCGGAAGAAGUCGCGGCCGCCACGGAGCUGCUGUUCGGAAACGAAAACGCAAUCAUCGCCCAAGCACGCAUGGCUUGGAGCCACGAACAGGAUCGACGCCGCACAGAGGAGAGCGACGGAACCGAGAUCGACUGGAGCUCACUGCUCGCCGACGCUUCCCUAGCCUACAAGGAGACCGCAGAGGGCCAGAUGCUAGAGGCGUUCGCCAAGGCCGAGUCAGUGGCUUUCAAGAUCUUAUGCCGCGAGUUGAUGGGCUGCGCCAGGAGGGCACGCGUGGAUUACUCGGCUUUGGGGGAGAUUUUAGAGAGUAUCGAGCAGUUAGAUUCCGAGGAGGAGUAG